AUGGACUUUCUCAGCCUGUAUAUGCUCACCUUCAACUGCGCGCGAACCCCCGUCGACAUCGAUCUAUUCGCAUCGCAUUUCUUCGACGCUCUACCCCACACCGAUCCUUCAGCCGAAGAAUCCCUCACACCCCCCGAAUUGAUCGUGCUCAGCCUCCAAGAGAUCGCGCCUAUCGCCUAUGCCUUUCUCGGAGGUUCAUACCUGGAUACCUACUUCAAUGCUUUCCGCCGUGUGAUCGACCAAGCCGUGUCGCAACGGUGGGAUGGUACGAACUAUGACAUUCUGGUGCGGGACAACUCUGGCAUGACGGGGCUUCUUGUCUUUGCUCGCUCAGAUGUCGUCGAUAAGGUGUCAUGGAUUGAUUCUGCUCGUGUUGGCUUUGGGUUCCAACAAAUGGGGAACAAAGGUGCGGUUGGUGCGCGGUUGGGAUACUCUGCAGAUGGGCAGCCCGGCAAUACGGUGGAUUUGACUUUUGUUGCGGCACAUUUGGCCCCGAUGGAAUGGGCUUGGGAGCAGAGGAACCGGGAUUGGAGAAGUAUUGUGGAGCGUUUGGUCUUCUCCCGAGAGCAGGAUGCGAAGCAGAAGAAUGUGGAAGCUGGAGGCAGUUCCGAAGAGAGCGCUGCUCUGCUUCAAGGGUCGAGCUCUGAGAGAACCGGCAAUGACGUCGGAGUCUUCAUUCCUACGACCUACCUCUUCCUUGGCGGGGACUUGAACUACCGCACAUCCAACACCAGCCCACUCCAGGGAGACCAUGUCCGAUUCCCUCGAUUCAACGCAGACCCAUCCAGUCCCCAGCACUAUUCGCAGCUACUGAAGGACGACCAGCUUACGCGGGAAAUGCGCAAGGCUAGAUCCUUCCAGGGUAUGUCGGAGGCCCCCAUUACCUUUCCACCGACGUACAAAUAUACAUCAGCAGCCCGCAAAACCGCCCGCGAGGCGUUGUACAGCGGAAAUCCGAAGCUACAGGAACAGAUUUGGACGAGUAGCCGCUGGCCCAGUUGGUGCGACCGUAUUUUAUACUUGGAUACACCGUCAUGGAUGAAGGGGAGUCGAAAGGUCGAGCCUCAUAAAUACGAUGCGUUACCCCUCUUCCCGACAUCCGACCACCGUCCGGUUGCGCUUUCGGUUUCUGUUCCGCUGGACGCAAUCCAAGUCCCCGGAAACAUCGACCAUACGAACGAUGUGCGACUCGCCGCUCCAUUUUCGGUUGAUCCCGAAUGGAAAUCUAAGCGAGAUGCUGCAAGGACUAAGGAACUCCUGGUCGGCUACUUGGCGUAUGCCGGAUGGACAUGGGAAGGGAAUGGAUACUUGCUUGCGACAUUGCUUGGGGUGUUUGGAGUGUGGCUCGUGCUUGGGUCGAUGCUGUAUAGCUAA